UUAAUUUGAAGUAUUUAUUUUAAAUCGUCGUGCGUCUCGUACGAGCAAAACAAACAAACAUCUUUACAAUUUGCUCAGUCGUCAUUCAGCAGUGCUUUUAGAAAGUUGUCGGAAUGUCGUAACUCGCUUUCUGUGUUUAUUAUUUAUUUAAAUUUGAACAUUUGCAUCGGAAAUGGACUUGAAACUGAGCGCAUUCGUUCGUAUCGGCAGCAUUUUGUACGGAAUUGUGCAGUUUUCGGGACUUGUAGAUGCACUUCUUGAGCCCCGAGAGACUUUGGAGUACGUUUACGGAGGUCUCUUGAAUGAUAUCACUCGUUACGUCGAUUUGCCGGUCUUACUUUUGUGGUAUAUCAUUUUUGUGCCGUUUUGGGGACUUUUGUUGGUUGCAGGAGCUGUUUUGAAAAAUUCAAAAAUAAUUGAAAUUUAUUUGGUUAUGAGUUACUUUUCGUUCCUCAUGUCACUUCCGAUGACCUUUACAGCGAUUUCCUUUGCCAAUGUUUACAGUAUUCAACGUGCCCGAGAACUAAUUUGGACUGUUUUUUGGCUUGCGAUGAUUCACGCGAUGGUCAAAAGCUGGAAAAGGAAGAAUUUUAAGCAGCACGAUGAUGAAAUCGACGAAAUUUUGGAAUAAUUGAAUGUCGUGAGGGACUCGUAGUUCCAUUUUAUGGCCAUCGCUUGUUGCUGCUCGUCGAUUUCUCGCGGGACUCGUAUUAUUUUUAAUUUAAUUUCAUCUCACACGGAGGAAAACUUCGUAAUGGCACGAAAAAACAAGGAAAAAAGGUCGUUAAGUAGUGCGCGAACGAAAGACGACACUUUUCGUAUCAAAUUUAAAAACAUCAUCAUUAUAAGUGUUUAUCUCUUUUAUAUUAUUUUUUUCUCUCGUGCACCAAGACGACAUUCGAGUUCAUUUAUAAUAAUAACAAUUUUGUGCACAAUAACAA